GCCACGUGACCUCUGGCCCCGCCCCCGACCCGGAGGCCAAGCCUCUCCUUCCAGGCUCGCGCGGCGUCACGUGAGCGCUGCUCCCGACCCGCGGCCUGCUUGGUUGGCCCACGCUGUGCUGGGCCGCCGGGUACGUCACGCGCGGCGGGCGGCUGAGGCGGAGAUGGCUGCCGUGCUGCAGCGCAUCGAGCGGCUGUCCAGUCGAGUGGUGCGUGUGUUGGGCUGUAACCCGGGUCCUAUGACCCUGCAGGGCACCAACACCUACCUAGUGGGGACCGGCCCCAGGAAAAUCCUCAUUGACACUGGAGAACCAGCAAUUCCAGAAUAUAUCAUCUGUUUAAAGCAGGCUCUAACUCAAUUUAACACAGCAAUCCAGGAAAUCAUAGUGACUCAUUGGCACCGCGAUCAUACUGGCGGCAUAGAAGAUAUUUGUAAAAGCAUUAAUAAUGACACUACCUAUUGUAUUAAAAAACUCCCACGGAAUCCUCAUAGAGAAGAAAUUAUAGGAAAUGGAGAGCAACAAUAUGUUUAUCUGAAAGAUGGAGAUGUAAUUAAGACUGAGGGAGCCACUCUAAGAGUUAUAUAUACACCUGGCCACACUGAUGAUCAUAUGGCUCUCUUCUUAGAAGAGGAAAAUGCUUUAUUUUCUGGAGAUUGCAUCCUAGGGGAAGGAACAACUGUAUUUGAAGACCUCUAUGAUUAUAUGAACUCCCUAAAAGAAUUAUUGAAAAUGAAAGCUGCUAUUAUAUAUCCAGGACAUGGGCCAGUAAUCCACAAUGCCGAAGCUAAAAUUCUGCAGUACAUUUCUCACAGAAAUACUCGAGAACAGCAAAUUCUUACAAUAUUUCGUGAGAACUUUGAAAAAUCAUUUACAGUAAUGGAGCUUGUAAAAAUUAUUUACAAGAAUACUCCUGAACAUUUACAUAGAGCAGCUGAACAUAAUCUCUUGCUUCAUUUGAAAAAACUAGAAAAAGAAGGAAAAAUAUUGAACACGGAUCCUGAAAAGAAAUGGAAAGCCAACCUUUAGUUUUAAAUUAAUGAAAGCUUUGUUUUGUUUUGUUUUUAGAGAAUGGUAUGUUUUCUUAACUAUGGAUUAUUUAUAGAGAAUAUAGAGUGUAAAACACUGACAGUAACCCGAGAAUAAUUUACAAUAAUGUCAUAUUUAUUCUAAAAUAUAUAAAUUACAUUAUACAUCUAUAACAUCUAUAAUAUAGGUUAUGUAUCUAACCUUCAUCUUACAUUUUACCAAAAAUUCAGAAUCAAUUUAUCAAUUUUUAAUAGACUAUGUAAAAUGGUUACUUUAAAAAUAUUAAAAUUUGUGUAAUUAUUUGGAUAUAAGUUAUCUAUUACUGAUAAGGAAAACUCCCAUCUAUUACUUAGCACAGCAGCCACCUGAGACCCCCACCCCUCACAGCAGACCUACAUGAGCAUAUUAUUAACUUAACACCUGGCACAUUAGCAUAUCACCUAACAUCUGGCACAUCAGCAUAACAUUAAACCUAUUACCUGGUGCAGACAUUAAACUUAUUACCUGGUGCAGACACUAAACUUAUUACCUGGCAGGCAUUAGUCACCUGAGACCCCUCCCCUUGGAUCACCCCAACUUAAUAAAAAUGGGAAAAAUUGGGUAGAUGGGGCUCAAAAUUUAGUGGCGAGACCCCUCUGAGCCCACUGGCGAGUAAACCUUGAUUCUCCUA